AUUCGUAGCAUUCGGAAGUGUUUGCGGUUUCGGUUGUGCUUCUUAGUCUAGGAUAAUCGGAAAAUUUGAAGGAAUUCCUGGUUCGAGCUUCAAACGAUUAUUGAGUGCGCAAUGUGUAAUCCGACGGACGGAGUCGAAGAUCGGGGGCCUGUUUUGAUUUAUUCGACAGCGGCAGCUUGAUUCGGAACCCACAAUCUUGUGACAAGAAUAUUUUGUUGAUCAACAGUGUACACGUUGUAGAAUUUCAGCGGCUCGGAAAAAGAGUCCGGCUCUAUUUUUAGCGGUCGUCGCGCUGACGGGAGAAGAAUUUCGGACCGCUCUGUGGCCUGUGUGUUGGAUAUGUAAACACUUCUUGACGAAACAAUUUUCUAGCACUAGUAUUUGAGUGUGAAAUUUCAGAAUGUGUCAUCUGGUUUCGGAAAGGUGAACGGCUUGCGCAACGAUUGCACGCUUUGCUGUGACGCGUGACCCGUGGCGAGAGAUUCGGUGGAAGUGGGCAGUAGGUCUAGUGCCAAGUAAUAGGUUUGCAAUCCAGUGGAAGCGGUAGUUAAUCUAAGUCAGUUUAAGGUAGAAAUUGGAAGAAGCAGAUAACAAUGUUGCAGCAUUCGAGCAGUGAUUAUUAUGAGCUGUCGGCGGCCAGCAAGCAAACGCCCCCAAAUUUUAGCCCGCAAGGCGGUAAUGUGGCGGUUCUGGCGUCUAUGGCUGCCGGCGGAAACGGUGGAGUGGGAGGAUUAAGUAACAACAACAAUACUACCAAUAACAACAAUAACAAUGACAACGAUCUUGAUUUGAUGGGGCAAAAUGGAAGUGUAAACAGUAGCGAUCGGGAGUCCAUGCCUAGCUUUGGAUUUACCCAGGAACAGGUGGCCUGUGUGUGUGAGGUUUUGCAACAGGCAGGAAAUAUCGAGCGACUAGGGAGGUUUUUGUGGUCUCUGCCGCAGUGCGACAAAUUGCAGCUGAAUGAGUCUGUGCUGAAAGCCAAAGCCGUGGUGGCGUUUCACCGGGGGAACUUCAAGGAGCUGUAUCGGUUGCUCGAGCACCACCAGUAUGCACCGCACAACCAUUCCAAACUGCAGGCCCUGUGGCUUAAAGCGCACUACGUGGAAGCGGAAAAGCUGCGGGGACGACCUCUGGGAGCUGUCGGCAAAUAUCGCGUCCGUCGUAAGUUCCCGCUGCCCCGGACAAUAUGGGAUGGAGAAGAAACCAGCUACUGUUUCAAGGAGAAAUCAAGAUCGGUUCUGCGAGAUUGGUACACGCACAAUCCCUAUCCUUCGCCGAGGGAAAAACGGGAACUGGCCGAAGCUACCGGAUUAACCACCACCCAGGUUUCCAAUUGGUUCAAAAACCGACGGCAACGGGAUCGAGCGGCUGAGCACAAAGACACCGGUGAAUCGGACAAACAACAUCUGGACUCUUCGAGCGAUUCGGAUAUGGACGGACCGAGUUUGGGAAUGCCAGGAUCCACCGGUGGAUCCCAGCACGGUAUGGGAGCAUCGGCCGCUCAGGGAAUGCACCUUGGGUCGGGAAUAGGAAUGCCCACCGGUGGUUUGUCCGGUAGUGGAGUUUCUGGGCCACCGGGUUCCAUUUCCGGUGGGCCAGGCAACGGUGGAGGUGGUAGUGGUGGAGGAGGCCUCGCUGGCCUUGGCCUAUCGGAUCACCAGCCGCAGCCGCUUUCCACGCGGAAUAGCAACUUAAUGAACAUUUCGACUGGUGGCAGCAAAGCCGGGCUGAGUCAACUAUCCUCCAGCUCAUUGACAGCGGCCUACUCGCACCUCUGGGAUCGGUCCAAUGUGAUGGGAUCGAUGCCGAUCUAUGAUAUUGGAGAGUAUCAGCAUUUAUGAUUUUGAAUGAAAGGGAACGACCGGGACAAGGUCUGUGAUAUAUUUCGCGAUCGUGGACCAUUUAAUGAGGGGAACUGAAAAAUUAAUGGAAUUGCAUUGCAUCCAUUACAUUACACAUUAAUGGAUACAUUGAUUCCCAAGGAUACCGGGUUGGUCAAUUAGUUUUGUGGGCAUAUCCCAAUUUUAGUCAUAAUUUCACCAAGGUUUCCCUCAAUGAUGGCUCGAAUAAGGAGAAUAAAAGCGCUAUUGGAGAUAAUCGUUCUUGCAAAUUUAUCCUUUACGGUCCCUGAUUAGCAAUUCACUUGCCAGACAAGAAUUUUUUCCUAGUGAAUUUCAACAGAUUAUUUUUCCGUAUAGUUUUAGAAAUGACUGAUAAAGAAAACUUCUCAAAUACUUUCACAUACUGAUCAACCAGGUAGAUUGUUUCUAUAUUCAAUCCCAAAAAGCAAAUAAAAGUUAAUUAAAUAAGCUGGAGAGUAAAUACACAUUGAGUUCUGUCAAACCCUGUGGUUGCUUUGAUAAUUUAAUAAGCGGAAAAACAUGAAAAAUUUAAAGCCAAUGCUUUGCAAUUCAUAAAAGCUUGGCAUAAACAUUUUGCGACAAAAAAUGAACAUUUUACUAAUCUUUAUCAAUUUUUAUGAACAAAUUCGUGCAAUUGAAUUUGAUAAUUAAAAACGUACUAAAUGUUGGAGAAUUUCUUUUGAAAUUAACUGUGAAAGUAUUGCAAGGCUUGAAUGGUUGCAAUACUUUCACAGCUCAUUUUGCAAAUUUUUUUUUGAUAAUGAACUCAACUGUUGUCCAGAGUAAUUUUGUGAUUCGGAAAAAAAACACAGCUUCCAACGUUCCGGUCACCCUCCUGUAAUUAAUAUAUUAUUUUUAGUAAACUGUUCUGUCCAUAAUAGGUUUUGAUUUAGAAUUGAUAAUCCACCAGUUUCGCGUGUGGCUGCAAUUUUAUAUGGUUAGGAUGCUUACACAUAUAGUUUAACUAGAACAAGUUUAGCUUAAUGUCACCAAUCAACACAAGAGUACUCUGACUGUCGUAGGAUAGAAACACGUUUCGUUUUAUACUAUUUUGUUACAUUAGAAACUCUCAAUCGCUGAGCUGAAGUCGUUAGAUGAGAACGUGUCACGUUUUAAUUAAACUCUACUGUAUAAUGCAAUAAUGUAAUCAAAAGAAUCGACUAUCUUAUUAUAUAUUUGGCAUUGA